AUGAGAAUUAGGGUUAAGAAUCAAUAUCAGGAAGAGAAGAUAAUUGAGUUUGUGCUAAGCAACAGGCUGGGAGAGAAGGUCCGCGUGAAGUGCAAUCAGGACAACACAAUCUGGGACUUGAAGAAGCUGGUGGUGGCACAGACCAGGACAUGCUCCAACAAGAUAAGAAUCCAAAAAUGGCACACCAUUUACAAAGACCUUAUUACUCUAAAGGACUAUAAGACAGGUUUUACGAAACGGCNCGACCAUCGCCUUACCCGUUCGCAGCCGCUCUCAUUCUUUCUCGACGAUGUUGCACAAGCCGUCUACAGGUAG